AUGUGUGAUUUGAAUUUGGAAAGUGUUGAAGUCCGAAUGGACGUGAACAAUACUGCCUCGUCAAGUGGAGAUAAUUGUGAAAAGAAACAGAAAUAUAACUUCCGGCGAAGUUCUGUGAUCAAGCGUAUUCGGGUGGAAGAAAAUCAAAAACAGUCCAAAAAGGAUGCCAGGACAAAGGUCAAAACGAAACAAGAGGCACAACCCUUGAGCAAAUAUCGUAGAAGAUCGGCAAAUGCUCGUGAAAGAUGCCGUAUUAAUGAUAUGAAUUUAGCUUAUGAACAGUUAAGAAACGUUUUGCCGCAGAUGUCGCCAGUGUACAGCAAAAACAAGCUUUCUAAACAGACGAUUUUAACGCUAGCUAUGAACUAUAUCGCUGCUUUAAGACGGGUGCUUGGAUAUUCAGACCCCCAAGACCGGUCUGAUGGUGAGUCGAAUGGGUCCUCGUGUUCCACUGUCAGUUCUGAUGGAGAAUCUUCAAACUCGUCACUGACUACCUCAGAUGAUGGAUUGUGUUCUACGUCAUCAGAAAGCGUGUCUGAUGAAAUGAUGUUGUCGACGUCACUAGUAACACAGUGUUCUACGUCAUCAGGGAACAUUUUGCAUUCUAAGUCAUCACUAAGUGGGAAGCUUUCAUCUGAUUUCGAAUCAGACGAUCCAUUAGACUUGCCGAUGGAUAUUUCAGAAGAAGAAAUUUGUGAUAUCGUGACACCGGAAGUGACCAUGAUAACUUCCGGUGUAACAGAUAAUGUGUGA